AUGCUGGCAACAACAACGAACCAGAGCCACAUCUUCAGUCCCGGCGAUCCGCAGUGCACGCCGCCCGGCACCGGCCUCUGGAGCGGACUGUUCCAGAUGCUGCUGCAGGCCCUGCUCGCGGCCCAGUGCAAUGUGGCGCCGACCACGCUCUGGCCACCGGACUAUGGCGAUGUGGUGGGCACGGAUGGCUUCGGCGAGCCCUACGACUUUGUGGUCAUUGGCGCCGGCUCAGCGGGCUCCGUGGUCGCCAGUCGCCUCAGCGAGAAUCCCAAUUGGCGUGUGCUCGUCCUGGAGGCGGGCGGUGAUCCGCCCGUCGAGUCCGAGCUGCCCGCUUUGUUCUUUGGGCUCGAGUUCAGCGAUUUCAUGUGGAACUAUUUCACGGAGAACAGCGGCACGGCGUGCCAGGCGCAGCGGAACGGACGCUGCUAUUGGCCGCGCGGCCGGAUGCUUGGGGGGAGCGGAGCCGCCAAUGCGAUGCUCUAUGUGCGUGGGAAUCGGCACAACUUCGAUAGCUGGGCGGAGCUGGGCAACACAGGCUGGAGCUAUGACGAGGUGCUGCCGUAUUUUGAGCGUUCGGUGCGUUCGGUGGGCAAUGUGACCCAUCCGCAGGGCUACAUGACGCUGAACCCCUUCGAGCUGCAGGACGAGGACAUACAGGCCAUGAUACGCGCCGGUGGCCAGGAGCUGGGCGUGCCCAGCGUUGCGCAGUUCGCCGAGGGCAGCUAUGUGGGCUAUACCUCGGUGCCGGGCACCGUGCAGCGCGGUCGGCGCAUGUCCACGGCCAAGGGGCAUCUAAGUCGGAUCGCGGAGCGCCCCAAUCUGCAUGUGGUGAAGCGGGCGCAGGUGAAUCAGUUGCAUUUCGAUGCGACCGGCGCACGUCUGGAGGCGGUCAGCUUUGUGCGUGGCGAGCGCACCUAUCGCGUGGGCGUGGCCAAGGAGGCGGUGCUGUCGGCGGGCGCCAUUAAUUCGCCGGCGCUGCUGCUGCGCUCGGGCAUCGGACCACGCGAGCAGCUGGAGCAACUGCAGCUGCGUGUGCAGCAUGAGCUGCCCGGCGUGGGCCGCAAUCUGCAGGAUCAUGUCCUGGUGCCGCUGUUCAUGCAGCUGGACGAGGGUGUGGCCCAUGCCGCCAGCCAGCAGGAGAUAUUGGACAGCAUCUACACGUACCUGAUGCAUCGCACCGGUCCGCUGGCCAGCCACAGCACUGCCUCCCUGGUCGGCUUCAUCAACACGGCGAACAGCAGCAGCGAUCCACGCUAUCCGGACCUGGAGUUCCAUCAUUUGUACUUUCAGCGCGGACGCCACGACUCGCUGGCCCUGUUCCUCAACGGACUCGCCAUCCAGGAACGCUACAUAGAGCAUCUGCAGGGCCAGCUAACCCAAUCCCAUGUGCUCUGCAUCUUUGUCCAGCUCUCGCAGCCGGAAUCGGCGGGUCACCUGCAGCUGCAGAGCACGGACUACAAGCAGCCGCCGCAGCUGUUCAGCAACUACCUGGACAAGCCGGCGGAUCUGGCAACGCUGCUGCGUGGCAUUCGCCACCAGGAGAGCAUGACGCAGACGGAGGCCUACAUGCAGCGCCACGCCCAGCUGGUGCACGUGCCCAUCGAGGAGUGCGACGGAGCGCACAAGUUCGGCAGCGAUGCGUAUUGGCGAUGCUAUACGAAGUACUUCACCGUCACCUGCUACCAUCAGGUGGGCACCCUCAAGAUGGGCCCUGACACGGAUCCCGCUGCCUGUGUCAAUCCACGGCUCCAGCUGCGAGGCGUCGACAAUCUGCGCGUGGCCGAUGCCAGCAUUAUGCCCAACGUGGUCAGCGCCAACACGAAUGCCGCCACGGUGAUGAUUGGUGAACGGGUCGCCGACUUUAUAGCCCAGGACUGGGCGGAGGCAGUGCAGCAAAAGGGACUGCAUAUGCACGACGAUGAACUGUAGAGGCUCGGGCGAGGGCACGUCUGGAGUUGAUCUUCUUUUUUUUUUUUUUGUACAUUUAAUUAAUAUAAAAGCUAU